CACGUCUGUGUGUACGUGUCUGUGUAUAUGUUAUGUAUCAGUGUGUGUGUGCGUCUGUGAGUAUGCGUGAUGUAUUUGUGUAUCAGUGUGUCUGUACAUGUCUGUGAGUAUGCGUGAUGUACGUGUCAGUGUGUGUACAUGUCUCUGUGUAUGAUGUAUGUAUCAGUGUGUCAGUGUGUACAUGUCUGUGAUGUACGUGUGUUAUCAGUAUGUCUGUACAUGUCUGUGUGUGAUGUACAUAUCAGUGUGUCUGAGUGUGUGUGCAUGUCUUUGUGUGUACUGUGUGUACCUGUGUAUCUGUGUCUGUGUGUAUGUACGAUGUACUCAGGGUGUCUGUGCUUUUGUGUGUGUGUACGUGUACAUCAGUGUGUGUGCACAUCUGUGUGUGUGAUGUACGUGUGUAUUAGUGUGUCUGAGUGUGUGCGUCUGUGUGUGUGCAUGUCUGUGUGUCUGUAUGUGUGCGUCUGUGCACGUCUGUGCGUGUCUGUACGUGUGCAUAUGUGUGCGUCCGUGUGUGCGCAUGUCUGAGUGUGCGUGUACUUGUAUAUCACUGUGUGUGGGGUGAGAGGUUCGGUGUGAAUGUGAGAGCAGAAGGAUAAAGUACUCAGGAUUCUGAAGGGGGAGGCCAGGGUGGCUGCUUUUGGACUCAGGACGACAAGAUGUUGCCUUUGCUGGAGAAGCAGCUGGAGGAGGUCCCCUCUGCAUUCACUCAAAAAGGGUCCGAACUAAUUCGAAGCUUCCGGGAGGGCAGGGGGACCUUGAUCUCAGGGACCCCAGGUUUGGAUGCCGGUAACUGUGGGGUCUCUUUGUAGUCAGGGCUCCUCUCUGGGCCUCCUAGACGGUAGAGCCCCCCGACCUGUGUGCCACAAGCCUGAAGGAGCUCCCAGGCGUCUCAGGAGGAGCUGCAUCUUUGGAUGCCAAUCUCUGGGCUCUUCCAGGAUGUUUUUUCUCGAGAAAUCUGCCUCGAGCCGCAAACCCUUCACACUGCGGACUAGAAAGAGUCCUCUUAGAGCUUCUGACCUUUUAUCUCUACUUCAGCUGCGAACGGGCGAAGCCUGUGCCAUGCCUCUCCUUUCCCGCCGUUUCUAGGAAUUCCUCCCGCCUCAGUAUCCUUGCUCUGCCGUUCACCACGGUUUGGGUCAGAAUCCAGAGUUUAGCCCGUGCUUCCAGAGAGACUGUGGUUGUUAACUGUCCCUGUUGACACUGGGACCUGUCUCCCCUUGUGACCUGAGUCUUACCUUGAUUCUCUUAAUGACGGAGAGGGAGACAUUAAGAACUCGGGAGCCAAUGCCAGGCGCGAGCUACACUGUUCUCCACCUCCUGCUCCCUGCAGAUACUGUUGGGGACCAGCCUCAACACCACCCGUAGGGUACCCAAAGUCCGGUGGUGACGAAGGAAUGAGAAGAGACAGGUUAAGAGUGCAUAAAGAGUGAGGGCCAGGGGGCCAAUUGUAAAACGGAGGCUGCAAAAGGCCCAGGGUUCUGGUCUCCACUCUAUUUAUUGAGUACCAUCACUUAGAUCUAAGAAGCAGACGUUUCAGGGCGAAACGGUGAAAGGGAGGCAGUGCGUCAUACGUGCAAUCUAUAGCACUGGCGGUUUAAAUGAAUCUCCUUUGUGCUCAAACAGCAUAUUUUUAACUUACCGGAGAGUAGCUAGUGGGAGUGGGCUUAACUAGGAGCCUGCACGUCUGGCUUCCAAUGCUUCAAAGGAGUGUCUUUCUCCUUGAACACAGUGUUCAUGGAUAAUUGAGCAACUCUCGCUCAGAGCAUGGGAACAUCACGGCGAUAAGAAGGCUUUCCUCCUCAGAGGCCUCUUGUGGCUUUCCACAACUUCUUGUCCCAUAUUUUUAUGGUCAGUUAGUACAGGCACCCCAUAAGCCUUUCCCCCAACAGAUACCAGGCAGGCGUGAGCUACAUUGGUCUCUGCCUCCUGCUCCCUGCAGGUGCCAGGCGUGAGCUACACUGAUAUCUGCUUCCACAGGUGCCAGGCGUGAGCUACACUGGUCCCCGCCUCCUGUGCCCCGCAGACUCAUUCUGAUGAAGGAAAGAGCAUCCCUGCGCAGCUGCGUGUCCUUCAAUUCUUUGGCUCUGAUUCCAUGUCUGGCUUAAUCUAAGUGGCCUGGUCCAUGGGCAGUGAAGAAAUUUAAAGUGCAAUAGCACUCCGGAACAAGACAAUUCAUGUGAGAUAAGAGAGAAGAGCCCACAAGACCAAGGAUGCAUUCUCAGUUUACAGACCACUGACCAGAGGCCACUCCAGGGUAUAAGGACUAAGAGAAGUCACAAAACAGCAGAUUUCCCAACAGCAGCGGAAAAUGAUCCAGUCACAGAUAUCAUUUGAGGAUGUGGCUGUGGAUUUCACGUUGGAGGAAUGGCAGCUACUUAAUCCUACUCAGAAGAACUUGUACAGAGAUGUGAUGUUGGAGAACUAUAGCAAUCUGGUUUUCUUGGGUUUUCAAAUUCUCAAACCUGAUGCAGUUUUCAAACUGGAACAACAAGAUCCAUGGAUAAUAGAUCAAGAAAUCCUAAAACAAAACUUUUCAGAAGUCUGGCUAGAUAAUCCCAAAAUGUGGCUCCGAGAUAAUCAAGACAACCUUAAAAAUAUGGAGAGAGGCCAUAAAUAUGAUGUUUUUGGAAAAAUAUUUAAUUCAAGCGUAAACAUUGUUCAUGUAGCAAUGAGAUCCCAUAAAUGUGGCACAGGAGAAAAAAGUUUGAAAUGUCCUUUUGAUUUGCUUAUUCCAAAAAAUAACUGUGAAAGAAAGAAAAUUGAUGAACUCAAUAAGAAAUUAUUAUUCUGUAUCAAACCUGACAGAACCCAUGGUGGAAUAAAAUACUGUGAUUGCAAUACAUGUAGAAAAUCCAGCAACAAAGAGCCAUGGCACACUGCUAAUCACGUAACACACACAGGAGUCUAUUUAUGCAUGGAAUGUGGCAGAUUUUUUAACAAGAAGUCACAACUUAUUAUACACCAGAGAACUCAUACAGGAGAGAAGCCCUAUAAAUGCAGUGAGUGUGGAAAAGCCUUUUCACAGAAGUCACUGCUCACUGUUCAUCAAAGAACUCACUCAGGAGAAAAACCACAUGGGUGCAGCGAAUGUCAGAAAGCUUUUAGUAGGAAGUCACUCCUCAUUUUACAUCAGAGAAUUCAUACUGGAGAGAAGCCGUAUGGAUGCAGUGAAUGUGGAAAAGCCUUCAGUAGGAAGUCGCAGCUUAAAAGACAUCAGAUAACUCACACAAUAGAGAAACCCUACAGUUGCAGUGAGUGUGGGAAAGCAUUCUCCCAGAAAUUAAAACUCAUCACACAUCAGAGAACGCACACAGGAGAGAAACCCUAUACAUGUAGUCACUGUGGAAAAGCCUUCUUUUGGAAGUCGCAGCUUAUUACUCAUCAGAGGACCCACACAGGGAAGAAACCUUAUGCAUGUAGUGAGUGUCAAAAAGCCUUCAGCAGGAACUCACUUCUCAUUAGGCAUCAGAGGAUUCAUACAGGAGAGAAGCCCUACGAAUGCAACGAAUGUGGUGAAGCCUUCAUCAGAAAACCACAGCUGAUUAAACAUCAGAUAACUCACACAGGAGAGAAGAACUAUCGAUGCAGUGAUUGUGAAGAGGCCUUCUUUAAGAAGUCAGAGUUAAUAAGACAUCAAAAAAUUCACUUAGGAGAGAAACCAUAUGGAUGCAUUCAAUGUGGGAAAACCUUCUUUGGGAAGUCCCAGCUCCUAACGCAUCACAGAACACACACUGGGGAGAAGCCUUAUGAAUGCAGUGAGUGUGGGAAGGCCUUCACCCAGAAGUCAAGCCUGAUAUCACAUCAGAGAACACAUACAGGUGAGAAACCCUAUGAAUGUAGUGAAUGCAGGAAAACCUUCAGUGAGAAGUCAAGUCUCAUUCAUCAUCAGAGAACCCAUACUGGAGAAAAGCCUUUUGAAUGUAGUGAAUGUAGGAAAGCUUUUGCCUGGAAGCCACAGCUUCUUAGGCAUCAGAGAAUUCAUACAGGGGAGAAACCCUAUGAAUGCAGUGAAUGUGGGAAAGCAUUUGUUCAGAAAGUGCAGCUCAUUAAGCAUCAAAGAAAUCACACAGGAGAGAAAACCUAUGGAUGCAGUGAUUGUGCAAAAGCUUUCUUUGAGAAGGCACAGCUCAUUAUACAUCAGAGAAUUCAUACAGGAGAGAGACCAUAUAAAUGUGGUGAAUGUGGGAAAUCUUUCACAAGAAAGUCACACCUUAUGAGGCAUCAGAGGAUUCAUACAGGAGAUAAAUACUAUGGAUGCAAUGAGUGUGGGACCACCUUCAACAGGAAGUCGCAGCUUAUGAUACAUCAGAGAAAUCAUAUAAUAUAAAAAUCAUGAGUUUGGCAAAUGCAGAAAGAUUGCUAUCAAAUGUCAUACUUUCUGACGCUUUUGAGGAUGCAUAUGGGAGAGAAAUCCUAUUGAGGCAGUGACUGUUGAAAAAGCUUGAAUUGAGGAGUCAGGAGUCACUAAGCAGAAUUUAGAAAGAGAAGUUUUUAAAAAGUAAACAGUGUAAAAAAAGUCAUCUCCCAGAAGACACUACUCGUUACAUAUUGGAUGACUCAUUGAGGUGAAAACCUUAUUAGUGUUGUGAUAAUAGAGAAGCUUUUAGUCAAAAGUCAGUUUAUUAAAUGUUUAGAAGACCUAAACAGGAAGAAAAUUCUAUUGUUUGUUAUAACAAAGUGGAAGAUUUCAAGAAAGGACAACUCACUGUACACUUGAGAAUAAUACCUACAGAGGUUCAUACUGAAGAGUAGUCUCAAUAAUGUAAAGAAUUUGACAAGCAUGAUGCUAUUGAAAUAGUUCUGUAAGGAAGUGGUGUUCUUUAUACAUAAAUUAUUACAAAAAGCAGUGAAUUGUAAGUGUGAGGUGUGUUUACUUAGAAGUGAAGAGUUCUGCUUUCUGCUGUGAUGGAAUAACAAGGGUCAGAUUUCCUCUCCUGCCUUAAACAACUAGAAGCUGUACAAUACAUAUAAUAUAUAAUGGUUUUUAGACAUAGGACAAGCACAGGUUUGUGAUCCUCAGGAGACUGCAGACAGAGUGAGGUGAGCACCAUGGUUUCUCAGCUUGCCCCCGCAUGGCAGUUAGUAGACUGCAGUUCAGGGAAGGGAAACAAUAAAUCUUGCUGAAUUGAAGAGACAGGAUUGGCAGUUGGGGAGGCCACAGCAGCUAGAAUUUCCAGGGGAAAGUACUGGAGAGGUGGGAUCCUGUUAGAUACAUGGCUCAAGAAGUCUGCUGGGAGUCCCCUGAGUCCUUUGACUUAGUACUGACUUGCACUGAGGCCAGGAAAAGAAGCACUGGAAAGCAGCAGGCUGAACAAUUCCUGGAACUCAUGCAGGGCUGGGAAUAGUUUAUGUUCUCAGCAGCCAGAGUGCAAACCGAUUCUAACACAUGGAGCAUCAGGUAGAAUUUUCAGAAAGGUUUUGUUUAGUAGUGCAGCUAAUUAGCUCUAGAUUAGAAGCUACUCUGGACCUGUAGUGUCCGACAUCCAAAAAAACUAAUCCGGUAUGCAAAGAACCAAUAAAAUAUGACUUAUAACCAGGAGAAAAAUCAGUAGAAACCCAGAAAAGACAGAGGUGAUGGAAUUAGUAGACAAGGAUAUUAAAAGAGCUAUUGUAAAUAUAAAGUAGAGGAAAACAUAAGGUUGAUGAAACCUGAGGUAUAAGAGAUAUUUUUAAUGGCCAAAAUGGAGCUUCUAGGGAUGAAACAACUUCUGAUUUUGUUAAAAUCCCAGGUGGAGAGAUUAGAUACAGAAAAAGAAAAAAAAAAUCAAUGAACUUGAAGAGUAAGAAUAAAAACUACCAAAGUGAUAUACAGAGAGAAAAAAAGACUUAGAGAAGAGAAACAGAAUAGGAAAACCAUUACAGUGGUGUAAUAUAUGUGUAACUGGAGUCCCAGAAGGAGAGGAGAAAAUGAAGAGGCAUGAAGAAGUAUUUGAAUAAAUAAUGGCUAAAGAUUUUCCAAAUCUGAUGAAAACAAUACCCCCACAUAUUCAAGAAGCUCAAAUGACCUGAAGUAGAAUAAACAUAAUUUAUAUCACAGCAGUGCACCUCAGAGUCACAUUCAUGAAAAGCACUGAUAAACAGAAUAAUUUUAAAACACCUUGAGAAAAAAAGAUAAUACAUAUACAUGAACAAAGAAUGGCAGCAUAUUUCUGGUGAGAACUAUGCAAGUUAUGAGACAAUGGAGUAUUAUCUCUAAAUUCCUGAAUGAAAUAAACAACAAACCCUGCAACCUAGAAUUGUUACAUCAAAAACAUUUUCAAAAAUGAAGGCAAAAUAAAGACUGUUUCAGACAAACUAAAUCAAAGGUAAUUUUAUUGCCUACAUGUAGACCUGUCUUCGGGAAACAUUAAAGGAUGUUUGAGGGCAGCAGGAAAAUAAUACAAAACUUAAGUUUGGGUCUGUACAAAGGAAUGAAGUUCUGAAAAUGGUGAAUAUGUGGGUAAAUAUAAAAGAUAUUUCUCUCUUUUUAAAAUCUUUUUAAAAGGGAAUUGGCUGCUUAAAGCCAAAGUAAUGAUAACAUAUUUGGAGUUUAUUUAGAAGUAAAGUUUGAUGAUGAUAACACUUAAGUGUGAAUUUUUAAAUACGGUUGAGUAGACUGCAUCAUCUGAGUCAGAAGCCUAUUCCUUCAGGGCUCGGGGUAGCUUUAAUUUGUACCAGGCACAUGACAGAAAUUGUAUGUGUUGUGGAUCUGCAUGUGUGCUGAGUAUUCCCUAUUUCUUCGAUCCCUUUUCCCUCAUUUUCUGCUCUGCUCCCCCCCGAGGCUGUCUUCUAGAGACUGGAGUUUCUUCAUAGGUUUGAACAGUGGGAGAUACCAGAGGUGGGAGGAGAAAAAGUUGUUUAUUACCGUUCCCUUCCUCCUGCCUGGACCAUGGUUUAGGUAGCUUCUGUGUUCCCGUAAGGAUACAGCUCCCUUUGGGAAGCCCCAUCUAUGGCUGUAGAUCUCUCGGUUUCAGUUGACACCAUUCCCUCUCCAUGAUCUUCAGACUUAACUACUACUGGGUGCUUCCCCAACCCACUGGUUGGGUGUCUAAUUGUGAACACAUAUUUGUAAAUAGUGCCUUUAUUACUUGUUCUUGAGUUAAUAUUUUGAGUGUGCCAUUUAUUUUCUGUGCCAUCUGUUAAAUGAUGAGCAUUUAAUAAAAUUGUGAUAAUCAGUUAUCAGUACAAGUGCCUCAUAGUGCAUAGGCUGAAAUGUCUCAAGAUUCCCCACACUACAUAUCAGUAUUUUCUAUCUGUAUCUGGACAAUGCAGUAGAAAUUAUAACAAAUACAAAGUUCUUUGUGCUUUUCUGCUGCAUAUGUCAGUGGCUCUGGAGAUUGUUACCAUCUGCUACAUAUAUAAAUGGACUUGCAGUUAUUACUAAGCUCCUCUUCAGUAAUAGAAAGACUUAUGAAGUCUUUUACUACCUCUGGGUUAGCCAAACAACCUUCAAAAAGCAUUGUUAUUUAGGUUAAAUAUCCAUGGACAAGAAACAAGAUAAUCAGUUACUGAGUGAAGAAAGAUGGGAAAGAUGUCCCAUACUUCCCAGCUCUCUAAAGUGUUAUGCUGUACAAUUAAAAUAUCCCUGUCCCAUCAUCUGCUACCAUUCGUUGUGUAUAAUUCAUGUAAUCUCUAACCUGUGGGCAAGUCUUUACCCUUCAGUAGUCAAGAUUACCUUAGAGACUUCGUCCACGAAUCCACACCACCUUUCCCAUCAGUUCUCUCCAGAAAUAUGCUGCCAAAAAGAAAAUCAGCUUUUCUAAGAUCAAGCCAGAGUUGCUUCGCUUACAACCUUAUGGCGCUAAUGCAUUAAGUUGAAGUCGACUGCCAAAGAGGCCCAGCAGAGGGCAGCACCCCCGUCAUUUUUUUAAUUUCUCCUUUAAGAAUUUUGCUUUCCUUUGUAUUCUGUCCACCAGUCAUUCUCUCCAGCUGGACACAAACCUCCUUUGAAGGGAAAUAAUUGCCAUUAGGCUUCACAGUAGUGCUUUUUCCUUUCACUUGGAUUUGCAUUUUAACCUGCAUUUUGAAGAUCUUUAUACAUGUUUUCUAUUUCCGACAGUGCCAGGAGGCUUCAUUGACAUUGUAGUCUGUGUUAAUAAACUUGUGUAUCACUCUGCUCUGAUCUUUUAGGAAUUAACUUGCAAAUGAAAUGAAUAUGUUGGGACUUUGGCAUAAUUUGAAUAUAGCAUUGUGAGUUGUGAUUGUCUCUUCUGAAUUGUGCUGUAAUAACCUGUGUAUGAGAAUAAAAUGGUUUCCACCAUCA